AUGGCAAACAUCUAUUACGUCAACCAACACCCUAGCCACCAUCCCCACCCAUGGUGGAACGUCUUGACGGACCUUGGGGAGCACGGAAUUCACAUGUUUUCCAACCCUGCGCCCCACUCCGGCCAUGGGCGUGGAAAUCGACCCCUCUCCCAGCAUAGGGCACAGACAAGGCCUCAGCCUGCUUCUCAAGAGACGGGAGCUCAGGACGCCUCCGACAACGAUCACAGCUGUGGCGAACCGAGUGCCCGUGCUUAUGACGAGAACAGCAAUGUUAGGGAAGGUGGACAGGAGAACAACGCUCGUGACAUCCCCUUCCGGGGCCGCGGGUGCCGUCGUGGCCGAGGUGGGCCUUGGGAACAUGGGGAACAUGGUGGGCCCGGUGGCUGGGGCCCUCAUCGUCGACAUCGACAUGGCCGACCAACGGGUGGCCCGUGGGCGACCCAUGGGGAGCGUGGACAACCAUCAGGAGCCCCCCAAGAGCACUUGCAACAAUUCAUCAACAAUCUCGCCAACCAAUUUGGCGUCGACCUCAACGACGUGUUGAACAGCUGCAACAAUCAAUUCUCAGAAAAUAAUAAGGAAGUCGACUUCGUCCCCCGCGCUGACGUCUUCGAUGCAGCAUCUCAGUACAUCAUUCACGUGUCACUUCCCGGUGCACAAAAGAAGGACAUCUCUGUCGAUUACGACACUGAGAAUUCCACCCUCCGUCUCGCAGGAGUGGUGUAUCGACCUGAUGUAAGCGAGGAGCUCAACAACGCUAUGGUCAUUGACGGAAGAUCUCGCGAAGUCGGUGUCUUUGAGCGGGAGAUCCGCCUUGGAACCCGCGACCAACCCGCACAUGUCGACGCUAACAAUAUCAAAGCGAAAUUGGCCGAUGGUAUCCUCAUCCUAUAUCUUCCCAAGGUAGUUGUGGACAGGGACACAUUUAAACGGAGAGUCUCUGUGGAGCAGAUCAGGAAUGAGGUUGUCCAGGUUGCAGACGGGAUAAGGGAAGAUGCAAAUGACAAUGAGAAAGAGGAGGGGAAGGGGAAGGGAAAGGCACCUGAAUCCCAGGCUAUGGAAAUUGAUUCCGAGACGGAGGGAGGGGAGCAAGCUGUGAAAAGUGGUAGACGGACUCUAAGUCCAAGUGUUCGUUCAGAGGAGGAGGAAGAGAAAGAGUAUGUCGCUGUGGAUGUGGACUAG